AUGCGUCCCUGGUUUCUUCUCCUCCUAUUUAUUGUCGCUUUUUCAAUCGCCAAUGCUCAAAAUGAAGAAUAUAGGAAAAUGACGAUGUGGAUUAUUGAAAGACAACUCUUCUGGCUGAAAGUGGCAAUUAAGGAGAAUAAUUAUCCACAGAUUGUUCGUUUGUUUAAUUUCAAAGGGGCGGAAAACGUGACCGGAGUGAUUGAGGAGUAUAAAAACGUCGAGUUCCAUGUCAAAACUCUCGAAUUCAGGAGUACUAUCCGGAAAAAUCUAAUCGAGGGAUAUUUGAAUACGGUGAAUCUGCUCACAAAAGAAAGACGGCAAUAUGCAGUAUUUUUGCAAAGAAGCGCGAAAAGCACAACCGAUUGGCAAAUUUGGAUGAGAUUAAUGUCGGGUCCUUUGGAUCGAACAACUCCUUCCCCUAAAAUUUGA